AUGCUCGUAUGUAAAGUGACACAGAGUCUGGGACUCAAUGAAAGAAGUGUCAAAGAGGAUUUAGAAAGUUUCAAGAGUUGGGAUACCUGUAUGGAUGAUAAAGCAUGUAAGAUAGUCGCAAUUGUAGGUAUUGUACUAGCCUGUAUUGUUGUAAUCUGGCUAAUUGGGUCGCUUUUAACGUGUUUUAGACAAGGCGUAGGUGGGAUAUGUGAAUUUAUUUGUUGGUGUUCAUCCUGCUACAAGAAUAGAUCAAAUCAAAAUGUCAAUCAAGCUUAUCAACCUGCGCAACCUGUGGGUUCGUAUGAACCUGCAACGAUAAUAUAUCAACCAGUCCAACCUCCUCAAUCUAUGUACAGCAAUGAUAAGAAUGACGGUUAUUACAACGAAUACGGUAAUAAUGGAAGUAACGACGUGUUCGAGUUGGAACAAACUAUAGAUCUGGAUGCACAGAAGCAGAUACAAAGGGACAAAGAAGAAGAGUUAGCAAGGCAACAAGAGCUUGAAUUACAAAGAGAGGCUGAAGAGCAAAGAAAACAAGAACAACAACAAGAACUCGAGAGGGAGAAACAGAUUCAAAAAGAAAAUCUUCUAAGAAGACAAGAAGAAAUUAAGAGACAGAUAGAAGUUCAACGUGCUCAAUUCGAUACUAGAAGACAAGUUAAUAUACCUGGAGGUGAACCGAAUGAUGACCGCAGAAAUACUUUUAUUGAAAUGGCCAGUCCACAGAGCGCGAUACCGUCCUAUCCUCAACAGCAAUAUAUGGGUAAGAUAACGCCAUUACAGCCAGCUGCAGCACACAGUAAUAGCCCAACAUCAUAUCAACAAACGUACACGAGUCCAGACGCAAUGCAUCAGCAGCAAAUGUACACUCAAAGCAACUCAAACUCUAACGCACCUUACCCAACUGACGACUAUAUUCCAAAAACUCACAACUAUUAUUAA